AUGAGUGGCGAUUGUAUUAUUGAUAUAAAGCACCGGAGAAUAUGCCAGAAGUGUCGGCUCAGGAAGUGUUUUGAUGUCGGAAUGAAAAGAGAAUGGAUUCUUAGCGAAGAGGAGAAGGCGUUGAGAAGACAUCAAAUCGAGGAAAACAGAAAGUGGAGAACAAUUGGUGUUAAAUACAAAUAUUAUGACAAUUCAAGUACCAGUACUUCAUCUGAUGUGUCACUCAAUGAGACAAUUGAUAAUACAGUGGAUAAUACCAUAAGAUAUGAUGAGAUCAGUAAAUGUAUUACACAAAUGGCAAACAAUGAUCCAAACGAGAUAACAGAUACAAUCGAUGUAAAUGCUAUAUGUGUCACAUAUCCAGACAAUGUGUCCAUUUUCACUGAUGUAAACCAAAUACAAAACAUGUGUAUCAGUGAUAACACCAGCGAUAACUCGAUGGCUGUCGACAUAUUCAGCGCUAAUAAUGCAAUCAAAAGAUUAAUUGAUUUAAAUUGUUUCAACAUUUUUGAGACAAAACGUGUCAAUGAAUUUCUAUGUUUAAAUGAUCGAAUCGCCAUGGUCAAAUACGGUUGCAUUGCGUUUAAUCUGCUUAAAGCGGGCGCAUUUUAUAAGCGAGAAGUUGCCGGUCUAUAUUUUCCUAUGAACGGCCAAGAUAAUUGGGUGGCACUGUCUUUGGAGUCAAUCACAGGUCUACAGACCAAUAUUCACAGCCUAUUUAAGUCUUAUUUUGACACUUUUGUCACGAAUUUUGACUCUGAUAUACAUAUUCUCGAAUUGAUAAUGCCUGUACUCCUAUUCAAUCCCGAUCUGCCAAACAUUAUCAACAGAGAUAGCAUAGAAUUACAACAACAGCUAUACCUGUAUUUACUUCAGAAAUAUUUGCGUAUAAAAUAUAGUAACGAUUUCGACAACAAAUAUGCAAAACGAUAUAAACAAUCCGAUCCACAAUUCUGUGGUCCACUUCUUAAAGAGAUUCUUGAUUUACCAGCAAAUAGUCAAUCAAAUUAA